GGCAGCGGAAAAACCCAGGGCCCACUUUUGCUCUCGCAGUGCUACGAACCAAAUUUUGGACGACUCGCAUCUGCGACCAUCACCAGGACGACAAGUGACAGCAGUUCGGGCAGCCGUCAUGAUAUUGAGAAACGCCGCUGUGCGGCAUGGCCGCCGGACGCUGGCCAGCCCCAUCUCACGAUCCGCCCUACGCCAAUUGUCGACCGAGAAGACCGCGACACCGACGGCCAGCACGGAGGCCCCCGUCGAGUCGUGGCCCGAGGAGCAGAAGGCACAUGCGCGUGAGCUCGCCAGCACGGUCCCCAAGAAGGAGCGAUCCGCCAGCCGAAAACAGACCAAGUACAUCCAGACCAGCGUCUUUGGUCUCGGGGUGAACGCAGCCACAACGCGCCACCAAGGCCGCUCAUGGACGCGCGAGCACCAGAUCGGAACGGAGACGCUCACGCCCGAGGAGCAAUGGCAAAAGUUUCAGCGCCAACAGACCGACACGAGGAAGAUUGGUACGCAUGUCGAGAAACGGUACUCCCCUACCGAGCUUCUGCAGAACCCGCCCCAUGCCGAGGACGUCACGCUCGAGCUUCUCAUGGCGUCGCAGACGCACAUGGGCCAUCACAAGUCUGUAUGGAACCCGGCCAACGCUCGCUACAUUUUUGGUGUGCGCGAGCAGACGCACAUCAUCUCCCUCGAGACGACGGCGGCGCACCUGCGACGAGCCGCGCGCGUGGUGGAGGAGACGGCCUACAACGGCGGCCUGAUCUUGUUUGUGGGCACGCGCCGCGGGCAGAUGGAGAUUGUGGCCAAGGCGGCCGAGUUGUCUAAGGGGUGCCACGUCUUCACAAAGUGGGCGCCCGGCACGAUCACCAACGCCGAAGUCAUGCUCCGAGGCCACAAGCUGCAGAUGCUGGAUCAGAACGACAAGCAGCUCGGCGGCUUCCAGCUGUUCAACGACAAGCCCCUGAUGCCGGAUCUGGUUGUCUGUCUGAACCCGCUCGAGAACUGGCCCCUCCUCUACGAAUGCGGUCUCAAGACGAUUCCUACGAUUGGCAUAGUUGACACGGAUGCCGACCCAACCUGGGUGACCUACACAAUCCCGGCCAACGACGACAGUUUGCGAUCGGCUGCCGUCAUUGGAGGUGUACUUGGUCGCGCCGGAGAGCGUGGUCAGCAACGGCGCAUGGAGCAAGCCAAACUAGGAAACGUCACAUGGAACACGUCCCCGCGCGUGUACGAGUUCAUGGAGACGCAGAAGAAAGAGGCUCUCAAGAAGCGCAAGCAGGUCAUGGGAAUGACACAGCAAUACCACGGCCUCAACGACGAAGAGAUGAAGCUCCUGGAGAAGUCGGAGCCCGUGCAGAAGGAGGUCACAGAGGACGCCAUGCUGGCGAUGAUGGGGCAGAUGGUGGAUGGUCAAGCGCAGGCGAAAGCCGAUGUUGGCGAGGCUAUCCAGCAGCCUGUCGCUGACCUGAGUGCGGAAGAUAUUGAGAAGAGCAUCCAGGCACUGGCGUCGGGCACCAAGGAGAUUGAGGCAGCUUUGCGCACCUCUGGCGCCGCCUCGAGACGGUCUGGUGUGACUGUGGAGAGCAUCGAGAGGGAUCUGGCGGCUGUUGGCGUAAGCGCCAAGGAGAUUGAGAGUCUGCUGACGGCCUCCACCGCUCCCAAGGCGUGAGCGUGUACCAUCAUAUAGCGUGUAUACUACGAGGGACGGUGUUGUAUCCGAGAGAUUAGAAAUGUAUAUUCCGUGUAGUGAG